GCAUUCUCUUUGAAUCCAAAAGUGCAAAAUGGGUUCCAAAUUCCUAGCAUUUUUACUUCUGCUCUCUCUUUUCUCCUUCACUCUUGCCAAUGCACAUCCAAAGCCAAAGCCAGAGCAUAAGCCAAAGCCUCAUCCGGAAUGCCCUCCACCACCACCUCCCAAAGCCACCCCUCCACCGCCACCUAAAGCCACCCCUCCACCGCCACCUAAAGCCACCCCUCCACCACCACCUCCCAAAGCCUCCCCUCCUCCGCCACCUCCGAAAUAUCCUCCACCACCACCUCCCAAAGCCACCCCUCCUCCUCCACCUCCUAAAGCCACCCCACCACCACCACCUCCGAAAGCCACACCUCCACCGCCACCUCCCAAGCACACUCCUCCUCCACCACCUAAAUAUCCACCACCGCCACCACCGCUAGCAAAAUGUUCAAAGGAUUACCAUAAGUUCAGUGUGUGCUCUGGCAUUUUUAAAAAUGGAAAAGGGACCGGAAGCGAUAAUAAAUGCUGCUCUCUCUUAAACGACCCAGAAGCUGCCAAUUGCCUUUGCAAGGCCGUACAGGACUUGAAAGUGUUCCACACACCAAACAUAACUCCACAAGCUUCCUGUGAGAAGAUCUUCAAAUUUUGUAAAAAGAGCCCUCCAAGUGGUUUUAAAUGUCUCUAAAAACCAUGAAAGUUUUCGUUGCUUUAAAAAAAGUGGGUUUUGUUUUUCAUGUCCCUUUGAGUGUGUUUUCCUUUUUCCCUUUUGUCGAAUGUAUGUCGACAUGGUGCAGAAUUCCAGCUUCAUUGUUGAGAUCCGUAUUAUGAUUUAGAGUGAGAGCUUUAAGAGAUAGAUUAUGAGCUUAUACAAAAAGCGGACGUUGGAAGCUUGAUUAUGUACUUUUAUGUUGCAGUGGUUGUUUGUAUUUUGGGGAUCAAGUUUGUACCAGUUUUUUAAUAAAUGAUUCUAAUGAUCGUUUCUCUUCUUCUCA